AUGGUAGCGAUGACAGCCAGAGGGCUCGUGGUGUUAUAUCCGGAGUGGACAUUGAUGCACGUGGGUGUGAUGAGCCAUGCAUCAGUGCUUGGUUCACAGGAUGAUGGCAUGGGAAUGAUGAGGGACUCCCAGUUUCACCUUGAAGCAAGUGAUAGCUUUCUGGGGGCACCUUGCAAGGAAAAGUGCCCAAGGUGUUGGCGCAAAGUGGCAGAUGACAGUGGCCAAAGCCUGAAACUAGAAUGGGAUGAGCGUUUCUCGGUCCAACACAUAAUGGAGAGCUCACACUCAAUGCAGUGUUUGUCACAAGAGUGUGGAAACACCCUUUGUCCCUUAUACCAUGCAAAUAGGAACUGGACAGUAUGGCUCCCACCAGAGCCCAUGCCAGAUGACUUACUCAGUGUCGACAUACAAGAAGGCCUGAUCAAACACAGUAGAGCUGCGUAUAGCACAUCAUAUAGGGGCAUGGUCUAUGGGACAAAGGCCACACAACCUUAUCUUGUGUCCGUGCCCAUACACAUAUACGGUGUAGAAUGUGAAGACCUCUCACACCUUGAAAUUAUACACUGGGUAAACCAUUUGGGGACUAACAAGUUCAUCACCUCCACUAGCUGUGGUAGAAAGACUUACAAUCCAGUCUAUCAUUGGGACAAGAUGGAGAACAAGUAUGGCUACACUUUCUUUUGUCUCACGGGUUUGAAUUGGGUUGAUGGUGACGUGAAUGGAAACAUGUUGGUGAUCAAGCAUAACUGUGGAAACAAAUGUGCCAUUCACAAUUGCAAUGAAGACGACAUUGGAUACAUCAACCAGAUUAUAAUCAGGUGGAUCUGCUUGGACCAAACACAGUGGAAAAAGGAAUUGAUAUUUUGGCCAGAUUAG